AUGACGUCACUACCGUCAACGUCUUCUGAAUCCGAAUCCCUGAACAUUGGAGUUCUGGGCCACGUGGAUUCGGGAAAAACGACGUUGACGCGGCGAAUCGCCGAGAUGGGAUCGACGUCGGCGUUCGACGCGCACGUCACGUCUUCUGGCGACGGCAUCAGACGGAAUACACUGGAUUUGGGAUUCUCGACGAUGACGUCGUCGUCUGGAAGACGUUUCGCGCUGAUUGAUUGUCCAGGACACUCGGGAUUGAUACGAGCAGUUCUGGCGGCUAGUACGGUGUUUGAUAUGGCUAUUGUGAUAAUCGACGUUCUGGCUGGAAUUCAACCUCAAACCGCCGAACAUUUACUUCUAGCCUCCAAAUUUUGCCCAAAUAGAGUCAUUGUGGUCCUUAAUAAAUGUGAUUUGGCGGAUAGCGCAAAAAUAGCAGAGACUUUGAAAAAAGUGAAAAAGGGUCUAAAAUCGAUGGGCGUCGAUGAAAACUCGCCGAUCGUUGAGAUGAGCUUGGCCGAGGAGUUUUUUAGGCCAGGUUGGGGAUUUUCUAGGCCACCAAAAGUUAGGCCACACAAUUUCAGAUUUUCAGAAAUGCUCGAAAACCUCAAAAAUGCGCUAGAAACGCGAAUUUUCGAGCCGAAAAGAGAUACGGAAAGCGAAUUUUUGAUUGCCAUCGAUCACUGUUUCGCGAUCAAGGGACAAGGAACAGUGCUCACUGGGACCGUGAUCAGAGGAAUUUUAAAACUCAAUGCCGAAAUUGAAUUCGCGUCGCUCGCCGAACGUCGUCGUGUGAAGACGUUAGAAUCAUGGAAACAGCGUGUGAGCCACGUGGCAGCUGGAAAUCGAGCCGCUUUUCUGGUAUCGCCGUCGUUUGACGAAUCCAGAUUCUCCAGAUGCAUUUCUGGAGCACCUGGAGCACUAAAACCGACGACCCAUGUCUUGGCGACUGUUGACCCUAUUCAAUUCUUCCGAAAAUCGAUAAAUUCCAAGUCGAAGAUCCACGUGGCAGUGGCAUUUGAGACUGUCAUGGCAGAGUGCCAAUUUUUGAGAGACGCAGACAGCGGAGAGGAGUUUGAAGUGCUUCCCGCGCUUCUGGCACCGUGCCAAGUGUUAUUGAUUUUUGAAAAAUCGGUAUUUCUGCCGGAAGACUGCAGUAUGCCGUUCAUGGCCGCCCGCUUGGAGCAACAACCCGGCCAGGGGUGUCGAUUUGCGUUUUGUGGAGAGAUUUUUAGGAAAAAUGCUGAAAUUCUGAAGAGAUUUUCGAGAAAAUUGAGAAAAGGCGUCGUGGAGAGAAUCGAGAAGGACGGAUAUUCGGCGAUUUGUACAGGAAUGUUCAAGGCGGAGACGAAUUUUGAGAUUUUUCGGAAUUUUCAGAUCAUCACCGCAUCCGGUCCACGUGGCACGAUUGAAGGCGCAUUCGGAAAAUCUGGAAAAUUCCGGGUCACUUUUCCCCAAAAAAUCGAUAAAAUCGUUCAGGAAAAAGAGGAAAUUUCGUUAUUUUUGAAGAAAUAUCAUAAUGAUAAUCGGCUUAUCAGUUAUAUUCCGGAUGAUUUGAAAUAA